GUAUGUGCAGAACAUUAUACCGUUCAAGGUUUUGGGCACCUAAAGUUUUAAAUUGUUUUCCAUAUAUAUUGGAGUAAAGUCACAUGUGCGGUGGGCAGCACGUGUUGACAUAAAGAAACCUGAUUCUCAGACACAUGCAGAACUAAUCAUGAUAGCCUUACAACAAAGAUAACUUAGAGUACAACAGAUGCAGGUGUUGCUCUGAUAGUAUCGAAAGAUAAGGUUGCCAAAAACAAGUGACUAAGCAUUUUUAAAACAAAAUGCUGUGAUUUGUUAUAAUUGUGCCAUAUAUUCCUAAUUAAAUACAGUAUUGAAUAUGAACACUUCCUAUUCUUUUCAUCUGCUUUCUUGCAAAUAUUACAUAACAGUGGUGUCAUUAAAAGUUAAUUGUCUGGCAGGACCUUUACGGACCAUCUCAUUUUAGUUUCUCUCUUACCUUUCUCUAGUAGGAGUGUGUCACCUCAGCACCUUCUGGAUCUCCAGAGCAAAGCGCACUGUGGACGGCAUUCUAACUCAGAAGGGCCAUGGAGCAAUAUACAACAAACAGCAAUAGUUCUACAGAGCAGAUUGUUGUGCAGGCUGGGCAGAUCCAGCAGCAGCAGCAGGGUGGUGUCACUGCUGUCCAGCUGCAGACUGAGGCUCAGGUGGCAUCCGCCUCAGGCCAGCAAGUCCAGACCCUCCAGGUAGUCCAGGGGCAGCCAUUAAUGGUCCAAGUCAGUGGAGGCCAGUUGAUUACAUCAACUGGUCAACCCAUCAUGGUCCAGGCCGUCCCUGGUGGACAAGGCCAAACCAUCAUGCAAGUACCUGUAUCUGGUACGCAGGGUUUGCAGCAGAUACAGUUGGUCCCACCAGGACAGAUACAGAUCCAAGGCGGACAGGCUGUUCAGGUGCAGGGCCAGCAGGGCCAGACCCAGCAGAUCAUCAUCCAGCAGCCCCAGACGGCUGUCACCGCUGGCCAGACCCAGACACAACAGCAGAUUGCUGUCCAAGGACAGCAAGUAGCACAGACUGCUGAAGGGCAGACCAUUGUCUAUCAGCCAGUUAAUGCAGAUGGCACCAUUCUCCAGCAAGUGACAGUCCCUGUUUCAGGCAUGAUCACCAUCCCAGCAGCCAGUUUGGCAGGAGCACAGAUUGUGCAGACAGGAGCCAACACCAACACGACCAGCAGCGGGCAAGGGACUGUUACAGUGACGCUCCCGGUGGCAGGCAAUGUGGUCAACUCAGGUGGAAUGGUCAUGAUGGUGCCUGGAGCUGGCUCUGUACCUGCUAUCCAAAGAAUCCCCCUACCUGGAGCAGAGAUGCUCGAAGAAGAGCCCCUCUACGUGAAUGCAAAACAGUACCACCGCAUCCUUAAAAGAAGGCAAGCCCGGGCUAAGCUAGAAGCAGAAGGGAAAAUCCCAAAGGAGAGAAGGAAAUACUUGCAUGAGUCUCGGCACCGUCACGCCAUGGCUCGGAAGCGGGGAGAAGGUGGACGGUUUUUCUCCCCCAAAGAAAAGGAUAGUCCCCAUAUGCAGGAUCCCAGCCAAGCUGAUGAAGAAGCAAUGACACAGAUCAUCCGCGUGUCCUAACCUCAGGCCAAGGGUUACACUCCUCGCACUGUUCAGGAAAUCGAUCGACUCUUCCAGCAGGACACUGGCAGUCACACUCUGCCCUUUGCUACAGGACAGAAAACCACUUAGAUUUUAAUAAGUGGCUCAGUGUUACAGUUGCCGUGGGGUCUGGUAAAUUGAAGUUGCAAACCUUUGUCUCACCCUUUCGGUCAGGACCCGUUUCAGACUGUUGAGGAUACUGCUACUUAGUGGAUUCGGGUGAUACAAGGAGACACUUGCCAGCCAGCCCAGCAGUCCACAAGCACUUAACGUAGACUGGAGAAGCCAGACAGCCAUCUCAGCAGGAAGAGCACCCUUCUCAACUUGAAGUACAGUCAGGGAAACGGAAGCCUACUCCUUCCCGUGGAUUCCAGAGGCCAUCUUCUGAUGGGCAUCUCAGGCUGACUGACUCAAUGGACACUCUGUAUUUAGAGAUGGCAUGGAAGUUCCAUAUUAUGAUAUAGAAACAAUAAAUUCUCUGACAUACUGUCAUCUAAUCUAUGGUAAUAAGAAUCUUUGUCUGCCCACUUGUUAGCUUGAUAUUUUUGGACUUCAGCCAAAGAAGUCCAAAGGGAUUUUUGGACCACAAGUACACAAACAUACUGCUGAAUAUCUUUUUUUUUUUUUUAAGUUUUGGGGGGGUUGGUGUUUUCUUUACAGUUGUAAAGAGUUUAACAAAGAAAAGGUUAAAAAAAAGCCACUCAAGAGAGUGAGCCGUGAGACCAGAAACCAGUUGUCCCUUACUCUUUAGUUUUGACAAGUGAUUUGCUUGUCCCUCUGUUGUCAUAUCAUCUGAGCCAUAGUUCUUGCUACGCCUCCUUAUAAGACAAUUUCAAGUGUAUUGGACUUCACAGUUGCCUAAGUAGAGAACAAAACUCUUUAGCAACUUUCAUACUGGUGCUGAGGAUGUUAUGGUAAUUCUUUCACAGAGUAGCAAACUACAGAUUUUUUCUUAGCCAUAAGUUGUGACAGUAUUUGGGGAAUGGAUGGAUCUGUAUGUUUCUCUAGGAGGGAGAAGAAGUAGUCUACAUAUCCGUAUGUUAUAGCACACAAGUCCCUAAUGAUGGAUGCCUAGGUUGGACAUUAAACUGAAGAAAAACUAAUUCACCUGUACAAAACAUCUUUUUAACAAGCACUGAAAAGGAGAAGUCUUGAGAUUGAUCUUGGCAAUUUCUGAAAAGUACUCUUCAAUCUGGAGCUUCAUGUGGAUGUUAGCCUGUCCUAGAGCACUUUGUGCUGGCCCCAGAGAGCACAUUCUCAUUCUAACAGUGGCAGCUGAUUCUUUGGUGCCAGUUUCCAUAUGUUUUCUCCAUAGGCUUCAUGCAGCAAGUUUUCACACUGCAUCCAUACUGCAGGAAUAAUAACUAUAGACUGAGACAGAGAUAACAAUAGUAUCUGCAUCUGGGCCAGAGCUCCCAGAAUAGGUUGGGUCUCAGAAACCUAUUUUCCUGAAAGAAACUAUCAUUUCUAAAGAGUUGGUUGCCUUCUUUAUAACACAAAAGAGGAAGAACACUUGGAGUUAGUUUAAAUACUGAUAGUAAAGAUUGGCUUUUCAGGAAAGAAAUUCAACCUUUAAAGAAAAUACCAGGAAGAAGAGAACACUAUGGUACAUAGAGAUACAGAGCUAUGCAAAGGAAUUAGAAAGUGAAAUGUCUUUCUAGUGCCAGGAAUCCAGUCAUUUCUCCUGGUUUCUAGAUUUUUAGGGGGUGGGAUAACUCAGUAAGCUCACCAGAAACGUGUCUUUUUACAUUGGUUUUCAGAUAUUAACUGCCCGAAGUCUUUUAGAUACUAACUAAAAACAAUGAGGGAUAUCAGUGAAAAAGAUUCUGAGAUGUGGAGACAUUAGGUCUGAGGAAUUUCAUUUUCAAAGCUCCCAUCAGUUCUAAAAAUGCUAUUUAUUUGUGCCUGUAAGUUUGUACAUAGUAAUACCAACCUCACUGUUGCUGAAAUUUUGUUUUGGACAGCCAGUUUGAAUUUUAUGUUGUUUAAAAUGAAAUGCUUUGGUUGUCAUUUUGUCACAUGUCAUUUCAGACAGCAUAUGACCCCUUUAUUGUGGUUAUUUUAGCACAGUGAUAGCCCACAAACUGAGAAGACUGAUUUUUGCGUUUCUUCACUACUAGUUGUUUUAGUCAUUUGUCCUUGUGACUGUACUAACUGUUGGCUUCAAAAAUGCAAAAUGAAUGGAUGAGUGAAAAAUUCGUUUAACACAUUUAUUAUUUCAGUGGGUUUUCUUUAUAGGUGAACAUAUUUUAAUUGCACUGGUACACUGAACAUGUCAGUGUCUGGACCACUGGACCAACAGCCUUUUCUGGCUACAGGGUGCCUGAUGAUAAUGUUUUUAUUCUCCUUUGGGACUCAACUGCAUAGGUCGUUUGGCGGGUGGGAGAGGUUGUUUGAUUUUUGUUGUUUUUGUUUUCCCCUCCAACAGUGGGGGAGGGGUUACGGGCAAUUGAUCAUUGUCAUUGCAAUUGUUAUUUUUUAAAAUAAAUUUAUAAAAAUACU